GGCCCCGCGAGCAGUUGCGGCGGGAGAGCGGCGGGCGGAGAGCGUGACUCGCCCGCUCCGGCGCUGCCUGCUUCCCCGCCGCCGCCUCCCGCCGCCGCGCGCAGCCAUGUCCGAGGAGAAGCCCAAGGAGGGCGUGAAGACCGAGAACGACCACAUCAACCUCAAGGUGGCCGGGCAGGACGGCUCCGUGGUGCAGUUCAAAAUCAAGAGACACACCCCGCUGAGCAAGCUGAUGAAGGCGUACUGCGAGCGGCAGGGCUUGUCAAUGAGGCAGAUCAGGUUCAGGUUUGACGGGCAGCCGAUCAACGAGACAGACACCCCCGCGCAGCUGGAGAUGGAGGACGAAGACACCAUCGAUGUGUUCCAGCAGCAGACGGGAGGCUCGCCCGAGAGCGGCUGUGUCUAAGGGCGCCCCGUCUACAGGGACUGUCCCCACUGUGUCAUCGUCCUUGCGUCUGCUGUUGAAUAGUGAACCAGAGACCGUGCCCAUCACAAAGGAGUCUGGGGAAACCCAAGGACGGUCACCAAAACUACUUCCCUCUCUUUUGACGUUUGGCGAGGGCAACUCAGAACUGUCUGCAGGGGGAGCCCACGGCUGGAAUUGGGCCGGUCGCACUUGUCUUUGUUGGGGUGAAAUGUGUUCUGAGGGGUUUGGGGUUUGUUUUUGCUUUCAUUUUUGUCCUUUCCCCCCUUCAAUGUUGCCCCCCGACUUGUGGUCUGAAUGUCCACUUGUAGUCUAGGUGAGGACCUGCCCACAGGGGUCGGCCCCCCCACCCCACUGCUUGUUGGAGAGCUCACAGCACCGCGGCGGGGGCGCUUCUGUUGGGCAAGUUUGGGGGCAGCUUGGGGAAGGGAGAUAAACUUUCCCCCUUUCGUGUAGGCACAGGUUUUUUAAAUGCUGAGAAGUACUGCGUUUCAGGAUACGGUGAGGUUGAAGGGAAGAUACUGAAAUGCUUUUUAAAAGGUGAAAAGGAAAAUAAGCAGGUCCUUUGGCAACAUGGCCCUGGGCGUGGGCACCCACUGCCUGGCGCCUGGGGCCGCAGAGAUAGGCCUUUCCCCUUCCUAGAGAAGAAAGCCACCCCCACGGGUCUCCCUUGGUCAUAGGGCCCUGGCCUCACUUUUCUCUCCUCGGAGUAAUUAUGGUCUCUCUGAAAAAAGCAGUUUUCAGUAUUGCUGGGUAUGCGCUUGUUUUCAUGUGAAAGACCUGCUCCCGAGUGUGUUAUCCACGAAGCCCGCGGAAAGGUGACUCCAUGUCACCCUGACAGAUGUGGGCUGUGCUGCUUUCCAAAUAGGUGUGGGACUUAAGCUUUAGUACGUGAUCUUGGUUCUGUGAGGUUUUGGGAGCUACACCAAUUAAACGGAUAGUUUUCCUCCUGUCUUUGUGUAUGGACCCACUGCUGCCUUGUUCCAGUCACCACGUGUGACCAUGACUGUCAUCUCUUGCUUGCCUGGAAUCUCGCUGAAGGUGUUUGCAUUUCCUUUGUGUCCUGCUCUUUGGGCGUUGGGGGGGGGUGGUCUGCUGGCUCUGUUCUGUUCGUUCACCGAUUUGUACAUUAUUUGUUGUCCUUUGCUACUGUAAACAGUAAAUAUAGUUUGGUAUUCCGUC